CAGCAACGAGACAACUUGCUUUUCAAGGUCCCGGAUAAAGGGUGCUUUCUCCGCCGCCUGUGUGUUGCGCGUGCGUGGUACAUGUCAAAAUGGCGAAGAGAGGCGCGGAUAAAGAACUUACACAAGACAAUUGGGAUCAGGAGGAAGAGGAAGAAGAAGCUGGUCAUUUCAAAGUUGCAAGUACUGAUGAUUUAAGCAAAAGAAAGAUUAUCAAGGCUAAACGGAGAGGUAACAACUCGGACAGUAAGCCUGGUGGAGGUGUUUUCCAAGGGUUUUCAGGAUUUGCUGGGUUAAAUAACAACACCUCAAGUUUUCCAACCAGCGCAUUCUCAAUAAAACCCUUCCCUGGAAACUCUAGUUUCACACCAGGCUCAACAAAUAUGUUUAGUGGUUUGAAUGCCUCUUCAGCAGAAGCCUCGACCAGCGCCACUGCAUCUUUUACAUCACUGAGCAGUAAUAAAAAUGGAUUCAAAGCAAAUUCCUCAAGUGACUCAAAGGCUACCAAUGCAUCAAGCAGUUCUUACAAGGAUAAUCUCAAGGCCCUCAAUGAAAGUGUUGCUGCAUGGAUACAAAAGCAUAUUACUGUUAAUCCAUAUGUCGAUUUGACUCCAAUAUUUAAUGACUAUAAGGAACACAUGAAAAACAUUGACUUGAAGUUUUCAAGUUCAGCUAAAGAAACAGAAAAUUCAUCAAGUACUUCUUUGGCAUUUAAUGCCACAAAACAACCUGCUGUGAGUUCAGCUUCAAUAGUUAGUGCUCCAUCUCAAGCAUCACAGGAAACAGAAGAAAACAGAUCACACAUAUUAAACACAGAAGAACAGAGUUCAAAGAAGGAAACUGUAGAGUGUCAGCCUGGAACAUCAGGAGAAGACAAUGCAGAGGACCAAGUUCCCAAGCCAAUAAGUGUUGUGGUCGCUGAGGAAGGAGCUUUCCACUCCAUAAGGUGCAAGCUGUUUUUUAAACGUGAAUCAACUUGGGCUGAACUGGGAAUUGGAAUGCUUAACUUGAAGAAACUAGAUGGAAAGACUCAAGUGCUGGUACGAAAUGACACAACUCUGGGAAAAAUUCUUCUAAAUGUUUACCUGGCUGAAAGCACCCCUAUCAGUCGGUCGGGAAAGAACAAUGUGAUCUUACUGUCGGUUCCAAAUCCUCCACUCUACUCCAAACCCAGUGAGGGAGACAACAGCAAACCAGCGACUUAUUUAAUUAAAGUGAAAACUGCUGAAGAUGCAGAUGAACUCUUUAAACAGCUGGACACAAAUAAACCAUCGGAUGGUUAACAGUUUAUGAUUUUAAUCUUAGCUGUACAAAUUUCUGGAAUUUUGCUUUUAACAGAGAUGUUAGUAACAUAAUUUAACUCAGAAGUAGUACUGCCAGGAGCAACUAACACAUUUUAGUGAUAACAGAAAAAUCACUUGGGAUUAUUGUCUCAAUUUACCAGCCCUAGUCCAAAGAUUGAAACAGAAUUCUUUUUGAACUAAUCUCAGUUCCUGUUGUUUAUGCUGAAAUUUAUUUCAUUAGUGAUUCCUUCAAGGAGACUGGCACAAAACACCAAGAAAAUACACAAACUAUUUCCAUUCAAAAGAACUGUUUAUUUUCAACAGUAGGUAGACCUUCAGGAUUGGGAGGGAGGAGAAAUUAUUUUGAGUGACAAUAAGUCAAACGCUAAUAAUAGCAAUCUCAAAGAAAUAAGCACUCUAGUUUUGUGACUUAUCUGCAGACCAUUUUAAAUGAAUGUUUCAAAUCGUAGGACCAUCUAUUUUUUUUAGCAUAUUCUGUGUGAAUUAAGUCAUGAGUUCAUUUCAUUUUCUUUGGAUCGUCUAUUUUUCAUGUAAUAAAACACAGAUUUUUAACUCUGCCAUAGUGAAUUAUUUUUAUCUGUUGUGUCUUGGGGAACCAGAUCAACAUUUCAAUGUUUGAUCAAUGUCAACACCAGUGCUGUGGUUACUGCCGGAGGCAUGCAUGCUAUUGGAGUAGCGUCUUAGAAUAAAAAAGCAAAACUGCUUUAAACAGCAUUGCUAACAACAAAGCAUUGGCAUCCAUCUAUCCGACAACCGAGUUUGCCAAGUGUUUUUUAUUCUUAAAAUCCAACAGAGGGAGGGUCUAAAGACAAAAAAGGCCCAUGUAUAGUCCCCUGUCACAUCUCUGGACAAUCAGUCAAGCUCAGUCAAUAAUGCAUUUAUUAUAUAACAUAAAGAACAAUAUUCUACAACCAGCAGCUACUAGACUCAAAUGGGUAAGAUACGCCCCAUCUUGCUCGCUCAUGGAACUUGCUAUUUGAUAAACUACAAUAUUAGACAAUCAGUCAAUAAGCAUUUAUCAUACAGCAUGAAAAACACUCCUACAAUCAGCAGCUAGUAAUCUCAAAUGGGCAAGAUAGCCACAUUUUGCCUGCUUGUGGAACUUACCAUAUCAUGAGCUACAAUAUUAGA